AUGUCUGGCCACCCGCAUUCAGCUUCUCCAUUCAAACCCGCAUUCUCCUUCUCGUGCCCCUUCCACAAUACGCCUUCUUCUAAUAGGUUUAAGAUGUCGGCGGCCGCGCAGCCUCCUCUGUCGGAUAAUCGCGUCGUUCUGGGUUGUGGAACAAUAACUGUAGAUUUUCUGGCAGCAGUAGCUUCUUACCCUAACCCUGAUGACAAGAUCAGGACCACCAGUGCCAAGCUUCAAGGAGGUGGAAAUGUAGGGAAUGCAUUGACCUGUGCCGCUCGUUUGGGUCUUACACCUAGGCUUAUAUCCAAGGUUGCUGAUGAUCCUCAAGGCAAAGGAGUAUUGGAUGAGCUGGAGGCUGAUGGCAUUGAUUCAUCAUUCGUCGUGGUUUCUAAAGGAGGCAAUUCACCAUUCACCUAUGUCAUUGUUGAUGAUCAAACGAAAACUAGAACAUGUAUUCACACUCCAGGAUAUCCUCCAUUGAUACCGGAUGAGCUAACCGAGUCAAAAUUGCUAGCAGCUUUGGAUGGAGCAAGGCUAGUGUAUUUUGAUGGGAGGCUGCAUGAGACAGCUUUAGUUAUUGCCAAGGAGGCAACUCGCAAAGGUAUUCCCAUUCUAAUUGAUGCAGAAAGAAAGAGAGAAGGUCUGGAUGAUCUGUUGAGUUACUCAAAGUUUGUUGUAUGCUCGGCAAAAUUUCCACAGGCAUGUUUAAUAGCUUCUUCUUCUUUUUUGAGUACAUGGACAGGCGCACCAUCGGUGCCGAGCGCACUAGUUUCCAUGCUUCUAAAGUUGCCCAAUGUUGAAUUUGUGAUUGUCACUUUAGGUGAAGAUGGUUGUGUGAUGUUGCAGAGGUCAAGUGAAAAUAUUACUUCCGAGGAAGUAGAUGUGGAUGGUUUAUUGGAGUCGCUUAAGCAUAAGAAGGAUGGCAAUACAACCUCGCCUAUGUGCAUACCAUCGGGAGAUUUGAAAUUGCACGCAAAAGGAAUAGGUACCUUGAGUGGCAGGUUACUUUUAGGCACAGCCGAAAGGAUUUCACAAUCUGAACUUGUUGAUACUACAGGUGCUGGAGACGCAUUUAUUGGGGCCGUCCUUUAUGCUCUUUGCACCAACAUGCCACCAGAAAAGAUGUUGACUUUAGCUUCUCAAGUGGCUGGCAUAGGCUGCAGAGCAUUGGGAGCCCGAACAGGUCUUCCACGACACACGGAUUCUCGAUUGAGUCCUUUUUUAGUGUAG